CCGUUCGUCGCCGUUUUGAGCGUCGUAUUUACAUUCCGCUUCCAGACGUUCAGGCGCGGUAUCAGAUGUUUAAAAUUCAUAUAGGAGACACUCCACACACUCUAACCGAGAAGGAUUGGUACGAAUUGGCGCGAAUGACGGAUAAAUACAGCGGCAGCGAUAUCAAUAUUGUUGUGCGAAACGCCAUGAUGGAGUGCAUUAGAUCCGUGCAGGUGGCAACUCACUUCAAGCGUGUGACAGGACCAGAUUUGAAGGAUCCCACGCGAAUGACCAACAACCGUCUGGUGCCCUGCUCACCGGGCGACCCGGAGGGCUUCGCGAUGACGGCGCAAGAGAUUACGGAGCCUGGGUUGCUGAUGCCGCUUCCAGUAACUAUGCAGGACUUUGUCAAGGCACUGCGCACCGCCCGUCCUUCUGUUGCGGAUGAUGAUAUUACGCAACAUCUCAAGUUUACCGAAGAAUUUGGACAGGAGGGGUAG